CUUUCAACCAGUAAGAAAGCUUGAAGAACUGGGCUCCCGCCCAGCAGUAGUUCGUAUUUAAUUCUCUGCUUGUGGUCCAGUUGUUUCAUUCCUCUCCACACCGUCUGUCUGCCUCCUCCAUCCUCCUGUGUAUUAUUCUCUCUCCCCUUCAGACGGGAAGCCCCUUUAUUCCAUUCUCCAGCUCUAGGAACCCUCUCUUUCUCUCACGAAGAUGGCAGAUGUCGUUGACACCACCAGCACUGAGGUCCCCGUUGCCAAGGUAAUCCCGGUCUCCCCCUCAAUAGCUGGCUGCUAUUGUUAGUGGCGGGUUUCUUUGUUGUCCUCGGUGAACACGCGGUCUGACGGAUUUAUGGGGGAGCACUCGGGGACUCUGUGAGAACUUUCCAUGGGGGGUCCUGGCGAUGCGGAGAGCUGCCCCCCUCCCUUCCUCCCCCGCGAUAUGUUAGUAAUUACCGAGGCACCCAGUGUUAGUCAUUGUUAUUGGUGUCUGCUGCAGGUUUACCUCAGGGGAUGCUGGUUUCUCGCUGUGUGACUCCCGCGGACUCGGUUAUACCUGGUCAGUUCCUUUCUAUACUUCCGAGGACUCGCCUCACGUAUCGCCGGCUCGGUCCGUGUGGAGAUGCCGGGUCUAUUGUAGUGUGAGUGAGCCGGCCGGGUCUCUGUCAGGGAUACCUUACCGGGUGUGUGUGUGUGGGAGUCGGUAAUCUAAACCGUGUGCUGAUACAUCUCGCUGUGUCUGUGUUUCGGAUACCGUGUGGUGAUACAUCUCGAUACCGUGUGGUGAUACAUCUCGCUGUGUCUGUGUUUCGGAUACCGUGUGGUGAUACAUCUCGCUAUGUGUGUUUCGGAUAUCGUGUGGCGAUACAUCUCGCUGUGUCUGUGUUUCGGAUACCGUGUGGUGAUACAUCUCGCUGUGUCUGUUUCGGAUACCGUGUGGUGAUACAUCUAGCUGUGUCUGUGUUUCGGAUACCGUGUGGUGAUACAUCUCGCUGUGUCUGUGUUUCGGAUACCGUGUGGCGAUACAUCUCGCUGUGUGUGUUUCGGAUAUCGUGUGGUGAUACAUCUCGCUGUGUGUGUUUCGGAUAUCGUGUGGCGAUACAUCUCGCUGUGUGUGUUUCGGAUAUCGUGUGGCGAUACAUCGCGCUGUGUGUGUUUCGGAUAUCGUGUGGCGAUACAUCGCGCUGUGUGUGUUUCGGAUACCGUGUGGCGAUACAUCUCGCUGUGUGUGUUUCGGUAGUCGGAUAUCGUGUGGCGAUACAUUUCGAUGUGUGGUUAUGUGGUGGGAUUCGGUAGUCAGACUGUGUGUGGAGAUAAAUCUCGCCGUGUCCCAUUUCCCCAUCACUCCCCCCCUCCCCGGAGUCCUGCCACCUGCGCUGGCUGCCGUCCAAGCCGAGCUAUUUAUUCUUUUCCUUCCUCCUGUGAAGCGCUCAGUUCAAACGCAUCGGGGAAUCGGCGGGAAGGGGGCGCGCGCGAGCAGCCCAUGGAAAGUGCGGGAGACUCUGGAGACAGCGCGAGCGGAGGAGGGGGGGGGGUGCGCGCGGCCAACUGCUAGUGCACGGCGGGAGGAAAGGGCGCGGGGACUUUCCUUUGUCCUUCGCGCGCUCGUCGCCAGCGGGAGCGCGCAUGGCAGAUGUUCGAUGUGCGCCCGUUCACGCGCUUUAGUCAACGAUGUUUUUUUUUUUUUUUCGACCUUAUUACCCCAAUCAUUUCACUGAGUGGCUUAUUAUUCCUCCAUAAUCUUACAGUAUUACUGAAUGCUAAUUAACACCAUACUAUAGAAUAAUAUUACUUUUAUUCUUUUACGACAAAUAUUCAUUUUUAUCUGAUGUUUGUGUUUUUACGAUGUGGAUUGUAGUGUAUAUUAAACAUUUAUUAUAAAUUAUAAAGUUUAUAAAUAAAAAGAUGCUACUGAAGACCUUGCGUCUACACGUACACACACAUACUAGUUAUAUAGAAAUUACAAUAAAAGCAAGCGUGUGUAUUUGAAUAAAUUCCUAUACAUGUGCAACGAUGUUAUAUUUUAAUUUUCUUGUUUGUUUAUUUUAGGAUCUUAAGGAAAAGAAAGAAGUUGUAGAAGAGAAAGUAGAGAAAGCAGAGAAGGCAGAGAAGGCUGAGAAUGGAAAAGGAGAUGCUCCAUCUAAUGGAACAGUACGUAUUGCUUGUGGCUCAUUAAUAAUCAUUUUCUGUAGCCUAGUUCGCCCCAUUCUUACAGGUGAUUAGACCUACUAAAGCACCUCCUUUUUAAUUUAUUUUUUCAAAGGAGGAAAAUGGUGCAGACCACAGUGAGGAAAACACAGAAGACCCUGAAGAGGAGGAUGAAGGUAUUUUAAUGAAAAUCAGCAAUGCAUUUUUUUUUUUUUUAAUUUGUUACUUAAUUCUCAGUUUCCUUAACCUAAUGUUUCUUUUUAAUAGUAGAGGGUGAAGAUGAUGAAGAAGAAGAGGAGGAGGAGAAAGGUAAAGCAGAAAAGACUGAAAAAGAUGACCAUCCUGUAAAGCGCCCAGUAGAGGAUGAGGUGAGUGAAGCCUAAUGUAAAUCUAACACAGAUACACAGGGGUGAUUUAUCUCCUAUGCUGACAUUCUACCGGCAUUAUACUUAUUAGCAUUGCAAGUAUUCGCCUAUGUCACACAUUGUACAAUGGUUACCACCCAUCUUAAACAUUCUGAAAUUCUCUCAUGGGUCUUGAUGAUAGACACUUUGUUUAUCUUUUCUUUUUUUUUUUUUUUCAGCUGAGAUAUUAACAAGUGCAGUAUCUUUACAUGAUAGGAUACAUUUAAAACCAUGAUCUGACAAAGUCAACGUGUUUCUUGUUUUUCAGGAGGAAUCUGAAACAAAAACGGAAACUAAAAAGCAGAAAACAGAAAAUGGAGAAUCCACAGAAGUUAAAGAAUCUGCCUAAAUCCCUUUCCAGACAUUUUAUAGCUUAAGUGACAUGGUUGACUUUAAAUUGUAGAGAAUGUGCUUUAUAUCUGUACAUUUUACAGAACGACUUUUUAUAUAAUGUAAAACCCACAUGCACUAGAGACCUGUAACAUCACAACAAGAUAGCUAAGGUUUUUUUGUAAAAUGUUAUUUAUUGGUGCUUGUUUGUACUGGUUUGACUGCUACAAUAAAAGAUCUUAACUUUUGUUUUAUGGCGGUUUAGCUUUGCUUUUGUACAUCUUUGAAACACAGGGCACUCAUGCUAGUGCAGCCGUGUGUAUUCUAAAGUAAAGCUACCUUCCUGUAAUAUAAUGGUGUUAGGAUAGGAAAGUUCAUAUGCAAUGAAGGCCAAAGAUGUGGGUCUUAUUUAGCCAGGGAAUAACCUUACCUGGGGCAUUCUGUAUAGAUCUUUGGAUUCAAAUUUGUUGCUGUUGAGAAUAUAGUUGUGGUGCAGGCAAAGUUUGAAAAUUGCAAGGUUCAAUGUGUAAAUUUCUCUAUCUCUAAUGUGCUGUCAAAGUGUGUUAUUCUGCUGAAAUUUUGAGGCAUUGAGGGUUAGUCUCCAUACCAUUUUAUGACUAGGUUAUACAAACUAUACCUCAUUAGUUGAUGCUCAAACACUACUUUGUAUAUUCAGGUUAAGUACUAUAAAUAAAUCUUUCUUUUAUAAAAAAAAAAAAAGACUAAUUUGUGCUUAUUUCACCAAUUACAUGCACUGCUUUUACAUUUUCUUCUGUGACAUUGCAAAUGACGUC